CACAAGCUGAACGCAGAGUUUGCUGAGCGUUUUAUCAUCGGUGAUCAGCUAGGAUUUGGGGGUUAUGGCUUUGUUGUUUCUGCCAUUGAUCUGUUCGCCACUCACCAGAAUGAAGUACACGUAGCGGUGAAGUUUGUGUUCAAAAGUAGGAUGGAGGAGUCGGAUAAAGCUGAAAUGGUGGAUAAGCUGCCCAAGGAGGCAUACGUAUUGAGUCAAGUUCGACACCCGGGGAUCAUUCUUCUCUUGGCAGUGUACGAGGACGAGAAGUUCUAUUAUUAUGUCACAGAACUUCACGGUGACUCUUGGCGAAAAGGGGCCAAGACGAUCGAAGGUCAACAUUAUCUAGAAUAUCUUGCCUUGUCCAAACGACCCUCUCAGCUUCCCAUAUUUCCCGAGGGUCACUUUAAUCCUCCCAUCGCUCAACAUGUCAGUUCCAGACGCACUCAACCUCGACGGAAGGACGAGGAGAAGAAUUUGAAUGAACGAACGGUACCACCACAAAUGAUACAUACGAAUUCUCAAGAGAAACCAAAUAUGGAACGUAGACCGAGUUACGAUCUCUUCGAAUGUUGUGAGCAUGUAAGAUUCACCGAUGAUCAAGCUAAAAAUAUCUUUAGACAGAUAGUUCAAGCUGUUGCUUACCUUCAUAUGAGAGGGAUAUAUCAUCGAGAUUUGAAAGACGAGAAUAUCGUCAUUGAUAGAUAUCUCAGAGUCAAAUUGAUCGAUUUUGGUAGCGCGGUAUUGGAAGAUGAUUUUGAUAACCCUAUCCAGUACUCGAUGUAUAGAGGAACGGCAGCUUACGCUCCACCUGAAAUCUCUAGAGGAAUGUAUUACGAAGCUGCCAAAUGUGACGUCUGGGCACUAGGAGUCAUAUUAUCCAUCCUUCUCACUGGAUCAGUUCCAUUCCCUCAUGUGAACGAUGCGGAGGCAGGAAGGAUGGUACUGAAACGACCUAUUUCUAAGCAGGCGGAAAGUUUGAUGAGAUUAUGUUUGACCGUCGAGGCAGAAGAAAGACCGAAUAUAUGGAAAGUGAAAGCUCAUCCUUGGUUGAGGCAAGUCCCAUUGGUCUUUUGA